CAGCGUAAUUAACUAACAUAAACGACGCAAUAUUAAUCACAGACGCCACCUGCGGCGUAUCAUUCGACGCCAAGCCAAAGCGCUGCGAGAAUUGCGCUCACAGCUGCAACAACAGAGGUCUCGCACCCGGGGCUCUGCGUCCUACCAUUCGGCUGGACAUAUUAGUUCCAAGCCGGGAGGGCCGUUGAUGGAGCUGGCCCAUAGCAUGUACACACAAGGAGCCGUUCCCGACUCCCCUCCCGAAUCUCCCAACCCGUCCCCACCGCCGUCGGGCGCCGACUGCCAGUUUCGGGAACCGCGCGGACUCCGCAGCCCGCCAGGGCAGCCGAGGAUGGCGAGGAACAGCAACACCAACACCAACACCAACAGCAACGGCGGCGGCGGCGGCGACAGCAGCAAUACUCCCGCGCCUAGAUCCAGUCCCGGCGAAAGCGGGGGGGCGCAAUCUCACGACCCCCCGACUCGCGCCCGUAGUGAUAGCCCCGUCACCGCCCCCGUCCACCCGGCACCGUCCUCUGAUGGGACGCCGCCGCCGCCGCCGUCGCCACGCCCGAGCAGCCCCCCCAGACAACGGGGCAGCGCGGCGUCGAGCGUCGUCGUCGCCGUCCCGGAGCAGCAGCAGCAGCAGCAGGCGGCGGCCGUGGGCGCGGGCAGAGUUCUCCGGUACCGCGACGGGCUGGUGGACGGGAGCAUCUCCGGGUACGUGAAGAGCGCGCGGGGGAGCAGCUCGCCGCGGCACUGGCACGACGUGGCGGCGGUGGUGGCGGGGGGUUUGGACGCCAACGUCAUCUCGCUCCGGCGGGCGCGGGAGCUCAAGCUGGAGGUGGAGCCGCCGCGGGCGGGCGAGGAGGGCGCGGCGGCGGCGUCGUUCGACUUCGGCACGGGGGCGCCGCCCGAGCGGAGCAUCGGCACGGCCGUCUUCGUCUUCAAGACCCUGAGCCACUUCAACCCGCGGCAUCCCGUCAUCACCGUCACGUGCGACGUCUGCGAGAACUCGCCCGUCGGUCUGAUUCUCGGGAAGCCGUUUGUGGAGGAGCGGGAGCGCCGGUGGUCCAAGCAUCCGUCGGAGGGUUGAUUCAAUCUUAUGAGGUACCUUAAUUACCUCAGAAGGUUGGUGUCAGAAGCGUGCGUGCUUGUCUCGCUGGGGAAUGCUCCCUACACGCAUUGACAAUUUCGUUUGUGUACGGAAGUAUAUAUAUAACCCUCAUUUUCUUCUUUCUUUUGUAGUCUACAAUGCAUUUUUAUUCAACCUUCGAAGCCUCCGUUAAGGGCGUCUAGUUUGUUCUCUUCUCUGAUCGAGUCUCACAUCUAAAUUAAAU